GUAAUUAUUUAAGUCCCCAGAAGGGUGAAAAGUAUUUUCUGUGCAUUGUGUCUUUAAAUGUCUAAGAGGUCCUCUUGUAGGCAACGAGUGCUCUCAUUCUGUUCUCAAAGUGGCUGCAGCACAGGAGACCCUCACACUGUGCUCUCUUCUUGUGGAGACCUCAGCCUCACUUUGAGUGAUGUGGGGGAGGAAGCAAACGUUCCUUCUUCACCGAAAGGAGGAGAAUUGUGCUUAGAAGAGACCCUCCAUACCCAGAUCUCAAGGAGACUCACCGUCCCUGUGCUAUAACCAUUUUGGGGAUUAUAGUUCUGCCCGGAGGCAUACACUGAGAUCAGAGCCGCAUCUUGCUAAGUUAUUUACUAUGAUCUGUAUUACCAAUAGUGCCUGAGAGUUCCAGUCGUGGUCCAGGAUCCAGUUGCAUUAGGUGUUGUAUAAACCCAGAACAAAAAGACAGUCCCUGCCCCAAAGAGCUCACAAUUCCAAUAGACAAGAUGGAGACAAAGUGGUUUCCGCGAGGUCACACAUGUGGAGUCUGGAGCAGAGCCAGGAACUGAACCCAGAACUUCAGAGUCCCAUCUCCUAAAACCAGAAAUUAACAAUGGAAAUUGGUCUGCAAUGCCAAUGCAAUGGGCCCAGCAGGGUCAGUCCAGUGCUCUACAAUGGUUACUAGUGACAGACUGUUGUUAAAUCACACAGUAAAACCAUUCUCCUUAGAUCUGUAUCCUGCCAUGAGAAAUCUCCGUCAAACUGAAUCCUGCAGCCUUCCCAAUGUUUGCUCUCUCAUCAUCUGUUUUUAUGAUAAACAGGUGCUAAAUACUGAAGAGCCAGUUAGUGCCUUCUGGAGAAUAGAUAUGUUUAGAAACAGUACUGCUGAAAUCCUGUAUUUUCCAUUUUCUCUGCCUUAUUUGUUAAAAUUCUUCUUAUUUAUGGUUUUUUGGCUUCCAUCACCAUAUAUUAGAGCACUAAACAGGCCCUCCCACCACAUGGAGCUGUAUUAUUCCCAUUUUAACUGAGGCGCAGUCUCCACUGAAGAGCUGGGAAGAGAACACAGAUCUCUUGGAGCACUACUUUAACCACAAGACCAUUCUCCCUUGGCAACAGUUGAAUGGGACUAGGCUCUCUGGGGCAGUUUCUCCAUUGCCUUGCGCCUUGGGUCAUCAUGGACACCACAGCAAUAAGAGUGGAAAGCACCACCAUUCCGAUGUGGCAGCAGUUUGUACUGACUUUGUGUUGACACAAAUGAUGACACAAGGGGUGUUAUACCAAAGAAUGAUUAUUUCUGAACAAAGUCUGAAGAGUGACCCAUAUCCUUAUCAGGAAAGAGUUUUCAUAUUUGCAGAUGCAGAUGUGCUCUCCAAGGCUGUAUGCAAUUCACUAGUCACUGAAGCCAAAGCUGCUCAGAUGUAUCAGAAUCCCAGAUCAUGCAUGUGCUAUGUGAUAACACGUGCUGUGCAGGCGGCUCUGGGUGAGGACUGCGAUGUUGAAAGUUUCCAGAGGAUUCUUCAGAAUAAGCCCACAGCUGAGCUAGAGCACUGUUUCCGGGAAGUGGCGGCAGCCGUCGAGUGUACAGGAAGUGAGACGAAUGCAGACCGUGGCCAGCACGCUGAGAGGCUGCAGAAAAUCUACAGCAUGGUGCUGAACUCCUCAGCAGGAGGAGGCAGUUCACCAGGAGGGCUCCACGGCACCCCACUGCCCAACCCGAAUAUCAGCUUCCACUUGUGGACUGAUGAAGACCAGCUUUGGAAAGAGCUGGUGCUGUUUGUCCGCCCGCUGUCGCGGACUUGCGAGCAGGACUGCCUGAGCCAGGAACUGGACAACUUUGAGAUCCAGGACAUUGUGUCUGACUGUGACUGCUGCAAACAGACCCGUUUCUCCGUGCUCUCCACCGACAGCGGCAUUGAACGGGACCUGCCUGUGGUAGGCGAGGAGCUGCUGCCGCCCAGCAGCACUGAUGUGGAGCAUGCCAGGCUCCAGAGGAAGGGCGGCAUUAAGAAAAAGGCAUGCUUUUUGGAAAGCAUGGCCUUGCUGCAGAACAGCUGCAAUGGCCCAGGGGCAAAGCAAUCUGGGAAGCUGCACAGGAAAUCUGACAGCAGCAUGGUGCCCAUGCCUCACCUCCACAGACUGUACACUGCCCGGAUUGUGGUUCUGGGGGAUGACAGGGUCUUGGGGCGACUGACCCAAGCCUAUUACUCACUGAGGAAACGAGAAACCAGACGUGUUUUUCUGACGCCAAGGCUGAACCUGCAGUUCUAUUAUGUCCCUGUUAUGGAGGGGCAGCCAGACACCUGGCCCACUCAGGAUGAUACUACACCUGGCCAGAUGGAGCUCUGCGAGUUGGCUGUGUAUCUGGGCAAAGCUGACCCUUGGUAUGAGAGCAACAUCAACACACUGUGUCACAUGAUCCCCAAGCUGGCCACCAUGCCCUCCUCCCUGAUCAUGCACCCCAUGUCCGACCCAUUCAUUAUUGAUGUGAUCGCUUACUAUGUGCGCCUGGGCAUCCAGCCAGUCUAUUUCCAGAUCUACGCUGUUAAGAUUUUCUUCAGCAGCAAGGCUCAGGAGCCAGCAGAGGAUGUGUUCCUCACCGAGCUGAGUGUCAAGGUGCAAGAUUGCAAAGCUCCCAAAGACCAUAUGCAGAUGAAGAAGAAAACAAUGCUGGAAGUCCCUGGGGCAGAUCUCGCAGUAACGUAUAGCAAGGUUUUGCUGAGUAAUCGGAAGAAGGAGGUAGAAGUCUUGCUGCGAUCUACCGGCCUGGUGAUGAAAGCCAUUCCCUCCAGUGAAACAGAAGAUCUGGCGUGCUUGAAUGUAAAUAUUGCUGAAGUCGUCAAAACCUCCAACCUGUCGGGAAGAUCAUUUUCUUCAGCAACAAACAAGAUCAGAACACGUAAUAUCAAAAUCCAGAGCAUGGAACAAAGGACCUUCAACCUGUGCCUGGACAAGAACUUCAGAAGGACCUACACGAACGUAGUCGGUGUGGAAGUUUCUCCUUGCCUGGAACCCAGCUAUUGCUUGCACAAGACAAGGAAAAUGAAAUUCAGCCUGCAUGAGCCGGAGGAUGUGGGACUGGCCAAAUACAUGCCCAAAUCUUUGCUGUUGCCCAUCAACACAUUUGCAGGCAUCAUCCAGUGAAGAAGAUAAGAAAAAAUUGACAGGAGAGGCUUUUGUAAGAAUCCCUGGUUGGGUCACAAUAGAACGAGGACCGAAGAACACACUAAAAGCCACCUACAGUGACUUCACAACAAUUUCUGUUGUAAAGCUACAACUGUAUGGGAAGUUAGGGCUCAAAGAAGAAAGUAAAAAUCAGGCAAACUGUUAUAAUGCCGUGGCUUAGGUCGGAGCCAAGGAACAGAGCCUGAGAGAAGGUGGAAGAGCAGGGAAUUCCUGUAAUGCUGGAGAGUGAGGCUGGGCUGGGGAACUGAGCACAGAGGAGUCAGACCCUUAUUCCUCUUUGUGUGUCAGAGGGGAGGAGGAGUUUCUUCGGGAGAAGGAUUGGAGACAAGCUGGCAGAGUUUGGCUUCUGCUUGCUUUAGAUGGGGCACAAGGUGCAAUUAUUAUUAUUUAAUAUUUUAUAUUACAAUAGUGUCUGAAACCCCUAAUCAGGGAUCAGGGCCCAUUGUGCUGGGUGCUGCACAGAUACACCUGAAGCCACGGUCUCUGUUCCAAAGCAAUAUAUUUGAGUCACCUUGGGGACACAGGCAAUUGCCUCCAAACAUUCACUUAGCAAAGAAGAAAGCUUGUAAGGGCUGAUUGGAAUUGGGUAGAACAUGUGCAUCACUAGGGUCUGUCGAGCUCCCACUGAGAUCUGUGGGAAAAACUGCCAGGGACUUCCAUGCUAGUGACUUUGGCUAGGAUCAAACAAAGCUCCCACAGCAGCAGGUGCACAAGUUCCUAUCUUCAUUCUUGCUCGUUGCCAGCUGAAGUCAUUUCAGAUACCCAGUGUAGAUUCAGUAACUUGUCAGAUCUAAUCCAAAAUGUCCAAGACAGUGCUAACAUGGCUUCCCUUACAUCCCGAUAGAUGUGAUCAUUAGACCUUCCUUGUGUGAGGCUCUGGGUCUGCUCCUAAACACUGGGUUACACAAACCCCAAAUUGUUCUCUGCUCCCACACCUCAUUGCCAGUGUUGCUUUGUCACCAGAAACAGCUACCCAAAGAAUCCAUCAGUGGCUUCUCUAGUUUCUUGGCCUUCAUGUGCUUUCUGUUUGGUGAGAAGUGCCUGAGAGCCCAGGGCAAUUUACAGCUGGUAAUGCGUUGUCGUGUAGUGCGUAUUGGGCCAGGUUAAUUUGCAGUACCAUAAGGUCUCAAGUGCAGCACGUGCUCCCCAAGAGAUUCUGCUCAUAGCCAAAGCAGCCCGAACAGGGGAUGGUGCUGUCUGAUGAAGAUAACCGUAGGGGAGUGCUGAGGCAGUGCAUCCCAGCUGAGGGGUAAGCCAGCAAGACUCCCACAAGAGCUGCUGGUGGAACUUAAAGCUGCACCCCCCAGCAGAAUCCCUACAGGAGUAUAGCAGGGAAAACAACAUCCCCCGACCCCCAGUGGGGAUGCCACACUCCUAUCAUGGAACAGCUGGCCAGGCUGGGAUGUGACUUUUGUCUGGCCAAUUGGAACUGUUCCUCUGACAAUCAGGGGCUACUUAAUUUAGUGCCUACAUGUGGAAUGAGAAUGUAUCCAACCAAACUUUAGGUAUCCAAGUUUGAAAUGUCGGGCUGCAAUGUUUAGAUCGGGCCUCUCUAAAUAACCCUUCACAGAACUGCCUUGAUUAAGGCCCAAAGAUUUUGAUAACAUUAGGAUUUCUUGGACAUUUAGGCUCUGUGGACAUGGGGGAAGUUUGGGUUAAAUUUUCCCCCAUGUAGGCUUUAAAGAUCGUCUCAAUCCUCCUGCAGCUCCCAUCACUGCCCUGCUCUGUGAUUUUUAAGAUCAAACAACCACUUACUCUCUCCCCUCACUGCAAGCGUUUUUAUCUUUUACUUUCUAGCUAAAGUUUUACAAACUCCCAGCUUAGCGUAUUGCAUAAAACAUAAACAUAAAAACAAUUCCCUGGGAAGCUCUAUUGAAAUAAACUGCCUGCUGGCAAAUCACCUUUAAAACUGAUGGCAGGUGAGAGGCUCCCUAGCAACAAGAGAUCCUGGCAGCCCCCCCAGAAUCAUUUAAUUACAAAAAAAAUAAAUGCGUGUAUGAGAAUCUCACCCACACCAUGGGGGCAUCCUCACUUAUUAUGAGACACUGAUGGCUUGGGUGUAUUCACUGUACUGCCAAGUGACUCAAGUACUCUGAUUUCACGAAAAGCUAUACUCCCCAAGGUGUGUUAUUCCACUUAUGAAAACUGUAUAUUGGACUUUUUCCUCCGGGGAAAAAAAAAAGCCAAGCCCUAUUGUUGUUCCAUUAUCACUGGGAUUACAAAAAUAAUCCAAAAAUUUAAUCCAGGAAAUUUUCUUUCACCUCUACUGCACUGCACUUCCUUGUAUUUGGAUCUCACCAGAGCCACUGAAGGAAAUAUUUUUGUUAUGCUAGAAGAUUUAGCCACCUCAUUCCAAGUUCAGCUAACCUCAGCCUCCUGAGCCGUAGGAAGGGGAUACAAGAUAAACAAAGCCAGAAGCAUUCAGCAACAGGGCUUUCAUUUCUUCAGCAUAAACAGCAUUGUCUUUAACCUCAGUUUACUCAUGGUUUAUUGUAAAUUAUUAACAAGCAAGAACAUAAAGUUUAUGUGGAAAAAAGAUGAAUUUGGCCCCAGGAGACACAUACAAAGGAGACCCUGUGACUAAUGAUGGCAAAGGAGGUCAAGAAAUGCCUGAAUGAAGCCAGCACUUCUCUUCCUAAGAGCUGCUAUGUAGGGCAGUAAUUUGAGAGGCUGACAAACAGCUCCUCACAUGUCCUCCUGUCUUGGGAUUUAACUGUAAGUUCACCUUGCUUGGCACUCUAGACAUAACCAGAGACUUGUGCAGUAGCUUUGAAUUUGUAGUGAUGUAUAUAGGUAUUAACUGUGUAUAGUUGUAUAUGAUGUAGAUUGAUUAUAAAUUAUUUGUACAGGCGUCAUGGAUUAUAUAUACUGGAAAGUGCAAUCUUUUUACCUGUUUGAUUACAUGACAUUAAAGAAACCCUAAUGGGUGCUAAUG